AACGCAGUAAAAAGACAACCAACAAUAAGUCAGAUCACCAUUCAACCCAAGGAGGAGGACUGCGUUCUGCCCCAGACCUGGAAGCCCAAUCUCGCGGGCUAGAGGCAGACAACGAUGGGCCACACCAUCAUCCAAACCUAGGAGGAUUUUUGCCUGAUGACUAGGACCUGGAAUUCCAGUCUUGCGGGCAGGAGGCAGACAACGAUGAGCCAGACUACCAUUCAACCCCAGGAGAAUUAUCACCUGAUGACUGGGAAGGUCACUUUUCAUCUCCACUCCGUUUUGAUGAUAAUGACGAGAAUGAUGAUGAUAAUGGGGAUGGAGAUCCACAGACUAUUACCUUGGAAGACUUGUCUUCUUUCACGAGGUUCGAAGCGAACCCGAGAUAUGUUUGGUCGAUACCACUCUCUCUUCACCCCACCUAAAGUCUUCAAGUGGGUUGUAGUUUGGAGAGACUCAUGGUUAUGGUACCAUGCUGGCGGUCAACACCACCUCUACUACGAUGAUGAAGACGAACGGAACUACAUUAUGGACCGAAUUCGAGAUGCCCUCUCCAUACACGCGAUCUCCGGGGAAUUUCCUGACCAUCAAAAAGCUGUUCUUGUUAUUGGAUCUUUUAUUAAAUCCAAACACACUCCUUUCGUUGAAAGUGAGCAUUUGGAAUUACCUGAAUCGCCUUUGUACCUUGAACUUGCCUGUCCUCAUUGUGAGAUGCUAAUAACACAAAAAAAUCCUAUUACCCGCAGGUGCAAGCUACAAACCUUCAUGUCGAAAUUUAUCGGGCAUCUUAUGAGAAACCACAAUUUCAGUUUUUCAAAUUCCUGCACCUGCACAAAUUCAUCCGGCGUACGCUACUCUAGGUUGCCUAUUUCCAUAUUUGCUGGGCAUCUGUCAACUUAUCAGCACAUGUACGACCUUUUGAUACAACAUUCAAUUACAAGCAGCAUAUCGCUUCGUACCAACAAUGAAGUACUAGAGACUAGUAUACUUCCCUCUCAGUCGUUUAGCAAAAUCACCGAGCGUGCUCACGAUGAAGAGAAGCAACAUCGGAAUUAUGAUGCGAGUACAGACAGUCGUAUAAAAAGAUUCACGACGGAAGUUCUUGCUCAUAUUGACGGCGACACCCAAAAUAUGGUGUUGAUGGGAUUGGAUGCUUUUGGGUGUUCCGUGGACAAUCUCAAGUCGUGUUUUUAGAGAUGGCGAUGUCACUAUCAAUUGAUAUACAUUGUUCUCCCCUCGCGGAGAAUAUAGAAUGCACUUUCCUCACUAGACACCGAAACGUGGGACCACAAUGGCGAGGGUUUAUUCCGUGGUAAAUUUAUCUCUCGUCAAAUCCAGGCUGCUGUCUCGAAGUUGCCAGUGGCAGACGAGCAUCAUCGCAAUCUGGUUGCCACUCUACAAAGUUUACAAGCAGAAGGCUUAGUUCGCCAACAAUCGGAGACUGUAAAC